UCAAAAGAGCUGCAUUUCUGAGCAUUGUUGAUGGCAUAUUGCCAUUCUGAUUCUCAUUGUCUUCCUUCAGGCAGUAUUUUCAGGAACUGUUUCCAAAUACUAAGAUCUUGAGCUGUAGAGUGAUCCUGAGUGAAACACCUUCCAGAAUGAGAAAGAUAGCUUGCAUCUACAUCUAUGAAGAGAACUUUACAUUUGAAAAUGCUUCCAAACAAUUCGCUGAAGAAGUCUUGAAAGCACACAAUGACUACAGGAAGAAACACGGAGUCCCCCCAUUAAAACUCUGCAAGAAGUUAAACAGAGGAGCCCAACAGUACGCAGAAGAACUGGCUACCACGAGGGUCCUCAAACACAGCUCCGAGUCUGCUAACGGAAAAUGUGGAGAAAACCUAGCAUGGGCAUCCUAUGACCAACCAGGAAAGGAUGUGGCUGACAGAUGGUACAGUGAAAUAAAAAAUUACAGCUUUCAAAACCCAGGGUUUUCUUCUGGGACAGGUCACUUCACAGCAAUGGUUUGGAAGAACACAAAAAAGAUGGGAGUCGGAAAAGCAUCUGCUAGUGAUGGCUCAACAUUUGUGGUGGCUAGAUAUGAUCCAGCUGGAAAUGUAGUAAAUCCAGGCUAUUAUGAAGAAAAUGUCCUUCCUCCAAGAAAAUAACUUUUUUUUUUUUUUUUAAGGUAGCCUUAUUGCCUAAUGACAAGUGAACCUGGAUUUGGACUGAACAGUGUUUGAAAUGAAGUACAAUUCAAUGAAAUUUCCUGUUUGAUCCUGCUGUUCACUUUUCAUUACAGAGGAAGCAAUUACAUGUUGCUUGAAUCGAUCUGCACAUUAGGUCCCUGUUAUUUCUGAGGGGGCUUCAGUUUAUUUGAGGACAAAGUAUAUGCAGCAUUUCUGAAGGGUAAAAUUUAUAAGGGUUGUUUUUUUAAUAGUUUGCAUGAACUCUGUGUCAGCAUGUGACUAAGCACAUGUUGGAUGUCUUUUUUUAAACAUGCAAAUUUAUCGCUUUCUGUAAACUGAAAAUACCAGCUUGUAAUUAUAUCAUGUACUCCCAAUUUUCCAGUAUUUUUUAAUAACUGUAACUUCUUUGCUCUAUCUAUACCUCCUACUACUGGGGCCUUCUCUCUGCAGAUGGAACAUAUGCAAAACUGCCCAUAUGAAAGGUACAUGUGUAAAAUGUAGUGGCAUUCAGACCUAUGUGUUUUUAUUAAGAGGAUCUCACGGAACACUAAAAUGUUGCUGGCAAAAUUGUAUCUGUCAAGCAAGCCAUAACUAAUGCAUGACCUGAAAGCUACUAAAAUUGUUUAAAUCCCAGCGUUACUUUUUAGGUGCUAAUAUUUAAAAUCUAUUUGAGAUGAGUGUAUUUCAAGUUCGAACUCCAUCUUACAGUUUACAGUAUGUACAUUGUCUUACAAUCAAUUAUUUACUUCUGUUACAGGAAAGUAAGAUACUACUUUUCCUCUUAGAUAUUGAUGCACAAAAAUUUUCUUUGAUGGAGCACAUUGGAUUUUAUUUCUCAAUAACUUAUUUUUUUUUCCUAAGGACUAUCUUCUGCAGGUGUCAUGCCAUACAGACAAUGACAUUCCCAAAUAAUCUCUUGUCUCUAAUAAUGUCACAGUAGGAGGUAUUCACAUGGUCAUAAUUAAAAGAUGUUUAGUCUUUGUUCAUAUUAUUCAAUAAUAGUAAAAAUUUUUCACAUGCUGGAUUGAUGCCUUGAAAAAACUCAGAUUGAAUUUCCUUAAAAACAAGCAAGCAAAAUUUCUGAGGACACUUUUUUCUCUUAGAAAAUGUGGAUUGGGCCAUUUUGGCCAGGUUCAUAUACUGUGAUUCAAUUUGGUGUUUUCUUUUCUUUGUAAAUGUUUUUUUUGACUUCUGCUGAGAUUCUGUAUGCCAGAAUUUGGUUCAUGAAGAGUGCCAUUACGGAAAUACUUCUUCUUGUUUACACAGUUGUCAUAAACUACACUGUUAUGGCUUGAUUAUAUGUCGCUGUGAUGCUGUAUGUUAAAAUCUUUUUUCUGUAACCAAGAAUUUAACACAUAUAAUGGACAUCUGAAAAUUAAAUAUUUUUGAUUAUGAAUUACUCAA